GCGGGCGGGGGACCGACCGCCGCGCAACUCGGGCUGCGGCGCUCAGACACCCGGCCUGGCUCCCGAAGGCGCCAGCGCGGCCCCGGGGAGCACGAGGAGUCGGCAAGCGCGCGGCCUGCCGUUGGCGGCCUGGUUCGCGGCACUCAGCGCCCACCCGCCCCGAAGGUGGGGCCCAAGCCCCCGGGAAGAUGGUGUCCUGGAUAAUCUCCAGAGCCGUGGUGCUGGUGUUUGGAAUGCUUUAUCCUGCUUAUUAUUCAUAUAAAGCUGUGAAAACAAAAAACGUGAAGGAAUAUGUUCGAUGGAUGAUGUACUGGAUUGUUUUUGCUCUCUAUACUGUGAUUGAAACAGUAGCAGAUCAAACAGUUGCUUGGUUUCCUCUGUACUAUGAGCUGAAGAUUGCUUUUGUCAUAUGGCUGCUCUCUCCCUAUACCAAAGGAGCCAGUUUAAUAUAUAGAAAAUUUCUUCAUCCACUUCUUUCUUCAAAGGAAAGGGAGAUUGAUGAUUAUAUUGUACAAGCAAAGGAAAGAGGCUAUGAGACCAUGGUGAACUUUGGACGGCAAGGUUUAAACCUCGCAGCUACGGCUGCUGUUACUGCAGCAGUGAAGAGCCAAGGAGCAAUCACUGAACGUUUAAGAAGUUUCAGUAUGCAUGAUUUAACAGCUAUCCAAGGUGAUGAGCCUGUAGGACAAAGACCACAUCAACCUUUACCAGAAGCAAAAAGGAAAAGUAAGGCAGCCCCUGGUGAAUCAGCAGGUUGUAGAAUUCCACUGAAAGACGGAGAUGAAAAAACAGAUGAAGACCCGGAUGGGCCAUAUUCAGAAGAUGAGAUGUUAACACACAGAGGGCUUCGGAGGACACAAAGCAUGAAAUCUGUGAAAACCAGCAAAGGCCGCAAGGAGGUACGGUAUGGAUCACUAAAAUACAAAGUGAAGAAGAGACCACAAGUAUAUUUUUAGUCAUCUGCACUUCAAAAAUCCAAAAUUCAAAAUUUUGUGAAUACAUUGAUUUCAUUUUCUGAUAUGAUAUAUUUAGGAUCUACUCAUUAAAACAAUUGUGGCGGUGAUAGGAUUUAUUUAUCUUUAAAUCGUGGCAGUGAUAGGAUUUACUUUCAUGAAUUUAAAUCAUUUUUAUUUCUUUAACAAUUUCUUCUAAAUAUUGACUGCUCAAGGUAGUUAGGCAAGAUGUACUAAUACGUAUAUAUAUCAGAAAGUAUAGAAAAUCAUGUUAUCUUUUUUCAGUCAGUAACAUUAAGUGCCUGAGAUACAAGAUGAAACAUAAGCCCACAGUAUACUUGAAAAGAGUCUUUUUAUGGUUCAGGAUAAAUCAGCCUUUAUGGUGUUGUAUUGUGUUUACCUCCAUUAUCUAUCACAUGAGAAUAGUAAUUAAACAGGCCUCUGACCUGGCAGUGAUAUAACAAGGACAUAAUGUAAGAAAAUAAAGUAUGAUACUCUUUUUAAGUUUUUACUUUUAGAAUACUUUCUAGUUUUUCUACCAUUAACUGAAAGUCUUUGAAACAAAUAUUUGAAAACCAGGUAUCCACAUAGCACUUUUAUUCCUGUCUAGUUUUGCACACUUGAAAAUUGUUUACUUAUUUUACAACUGUAUAUUUACUUUAAGUUUUAUUGACACUGUCUUUAUUGUUAUUUGUCCUAUUCUGACAUGUCAAAUUUAUGCCUUGAAUUAUAUCAUCUCUUUUUCUGUGGGUUUCAUUUGUUAAAUUCAGUGUAUUUUAGUAAUAUAAAAAUAUACCUAAUUGUAUAGUUUUAACUAUGUUUAAUUAUCUUCUUAACAAAUAAAAAGUUUGUUAAGGGUGUCACCUGUAGCUCAGUGGGUAGAGCACCUGCCACAUACAACGAGGGUGGCAGGUUCGAACCCAGCCCAGGCCAGCUAAAAAACAACAAUGAUAACUGCAACAAAAAAAUAGCCAGGUGUUGUGGCAGGUGCCUGUAGUCCCAGCUACUCGGGAGGCUGAGGCAAGAGAACUACUUAAGCCCAAGAGUUUGAGAUUGCUGUGAGCUGUGAUGCCACAGUACUCUACCUAGGGUGACAUAGUAAGAAUCUGUCUCAAAAACAAAAAAACAUUAACCAGUUUUCCAUAUUUAGCUAUAUAAAGGAGUUAAACUCAGUUUUUGUCAACACUGAUUACAUUUUUAGCCUUUAAAAAUGGUAGCUUUUAGGCUGGGUGCAGCGGCUCAUGCCUGUAAUCUCAGCACUCUGGAGGCUGAGGCAGGUAGAUUGCCUAAGCUCAGGAGUUCAAGAGCAGCCUAAGCAAGAGGGAGACCCCCUCUAUAAAAAAAUAGCUGGGUGUUGUGGCAGCUUCCUGUAGUCCCAGAUACUUGGGAGGCUGAGGCAAGAGAAAUCACUUGAGCCCAACAGUUUGAGGUUGCUGUGAGCAAUGAUGCCAUGGCACUCUACCAAGGGUAGACAAAAUAAGACUCUCUCAAAAGAAAAGGUAGCUUUUGUGAAAUAGAGUCAGAGAUCAGUGUAACACUUAGGUCCCUUCUAAUUCAUAAAAUUCUUCAACAACCAGUCCAUUCACAAGCUUGGCAUUAAUAUGUACUGAUGGUUUAUAAAUCUAGCUUCAACUAAAAUAAUUUGAAGCUCUUCCAGCUGAAAUAAUUUCCUGAUUCUGUGCAAAAUACAGACAUCCUUAUUGCUACAUAUUAGAAGCUAUUAGGAAAAUAUCAUUUUUUAAUCAAAGAGGUUUUUGAGUUAUUGAACUCUGAGACUUUCUUAGCUUUUACUGAUAACUAUGCAUUAUGAACCCUACGUCAAUAUAUUUUUGGUGAUUGUUUUAGUGAUCAGUGAUCACAUUUGUGCUUAUUAUGAUUGUUUUGAAAAUUUACUUGACUGUUCUACAUGUUUACCCAAAAGAAAAAAUGAGAGUUUGGGCGGCUCCUGUGGUUCAGUGAGUAGGGUGCCGGCCCCAUAUGCUGAGGGUGGCGGGUUCAAACCCAGCCCCGGCCAAACUGCAACAACAAAAAAAUAGCCGGGCGUUGUGGCGGGCGCCUGUAGUCCCAGCUGCUCGGGAGGCUGAGGCAGAGAAUCGCUUAAGCCCAGGAGUUGCAGGUUGCUGUGAGCCGUGUGACGCCACGGCACUCUACCUGAGGGCAGUACAGUGAGACUCUGUCUCUACAAAAAAAAAAAAAAAAAAAAAAAAAUGAGAGUUUCGUGAGAUUUUUGACCUUUCUACUUUUUAAGAAAUUAAACCAGCUAGUAAUAUAUAAUCAGGACCUCCUCUGAGCACUGGUAGAGAACAGGAGUACCUUGGUAUAAUAUAUACAUUGUCUCUUGAUACUGCUCUUAAAACUUGUGUAGAUUAUUUCACAUUCUUGAUAUAUAACAUCCAGUAAAAAUUCAUUUAGUUUUUUUUCUCCUACUGUUUAACUCUACAAAUAACACUAUCUGUGUUUUCCUUUACUAAUUUCUUUUUUUUUUGUUUGUUUGUUUUUUUUGUCGAGACAGAGUUCUACCCUAUGCCCUGAGCAGAGGGCAAUGGCAUCGUAGCUCACUGCAACCUCAGACUCCGGCUGUGGGCAUCCUGCUGCCUCAGCCUCCGAAGCCGCUGGGAUUACAGGCGCUCGCCGUGGCGCCCGGCUGGGUUUUUCCAUUUUUUUCCAUGAGUCGGGGUCUCACUCUUGCUCAGACAAGCCUCGAACUCCUGAGCUCAAGCAAUCCUCCCUCCUCAGCCUCCCACAGUGCUGGGAUUACAGGCGUGAGCCACCGCGCCCGGCUUCCUUUACUAAUUUCUAGCCCUUUGAUUUCUGUUCAAAAUUCCUAUGAAUUCUAACUGUAAACUCUUGAAAGAGUUUUAUUUAUGUUGCCCAGCACUACACUUCUCAAUACAAAUGCUGCACCAUGCUUAUCUUUUGUACACAAAGGCAGUGUCAUCUCAAAUUGCCUAAAAAGGUCUUGUAUGUAACCACAAAUCAAAAACAUUAUCUGUGGGGGCAGAAUUACACCAUUUUAUUUUUUUUCUAAUCUCAGUAUUAAAUCUAUUCCUUAGUAAACUCAUAUGCUGUUUUAAAUUGUAGGAAUUAUUUAGCCCUCUAUACUUUUAGAAUCAAAAUGCUUCAUCAAAGACACCACCAGUGGCUCAGCGCCCAUAGCUCAGUGGUUAGGGCACCAGCCACACACACCAGGGCUGGUGGGCUCUGCUAAGCCUGGCUGGGGCCUGCUAAACAAUGACAACAACAAAAAACUAGACAGGCUUUGUGGCGGGCACCUGUAGUCCCAGCUAUUUGGGAGGCUGAGGCAAGAGAAUCACUUAAGCCCAAGAGUUGGUUGCUGUGAGCUAUGACCCCAGGGCCACACAGUGAGACUCUAUCUCAAAAAAAAAAAAGAAAAAAAAAGCACCACCAGUCUCAAAGAAGUAGUGCAAAGCCUUCUCUUUAACUAUAUAGUUAUACAGUUUCGCAUUCUAGUGCUUCCUCUGAUACAUCUUCUAUUACAUCUUUGUACACAGUUGAUAUCAUUUUGUUCUUCUAUCAUUUCUUUUUUCCCCCUUUAUAUUUCUUAAAUUUUGGUUCUAUUCCCUGACAUGUGUUUUAGCAUGCACCUUUCUUUGAAUUUGUUCUAAUAAGCUUAUGCAUUAUUAAGCUUAUGUUUAAGAUAGAACAGGCCUUUUUUUUUUUUUUUAUCUGCUUUUAAGCCUAUUGAUUUUAAAACAGGUAAAUUAUCCGUAGUCCACAGUGCCUUGGUUUUCCACUGCCAACACAUGGGGCCUGGCAUUAGCUACACAAACCUCUUUAGGGCACUAUUUUGGUAGCUGUUCAAGUUUACCCAGAAAUUGUAGCAGGUGUUUUAUUUUACUAUAUAUUCAUUCAAUUUGUUCAUUAAUAUCUAACUAUUUCCAGGGUUUGUUUAGGAGUAAGAAUUUGUCUAUUCUUUAGUUUACCAUAUUUUUUUCUGGUAUAAAAAGAGCCCAGAAGUCAGCCUUAUUGCUAAGUAAUUAAUUAUGUUAAACCCAUCUAGGUUCUAUAUAAGAUCACUUCUAUUUCACAUAUAUAUAAGAAUUUGGCUAAAAAAAUUAUACUGCCUUCAUUACUAGUUGUAAAUACUUGACUACACUAAUUAAGAGAACAAAAUUAUUAAAGUGUUUUCAGGGAUCUUAGUCCAUAUGUCACCACCAAAGAUUUUUACAGUAUUAAAAAGUGUGUAAAUAUCCCAAUUUCUGUAAAACAUUACAGAAUAAUGUUAGAUAUUAUUCUUAGAUAAAUGUUUUCUUUCUCUGUUUUUUUGAAUAACAAUCUGUGCUUUCCAAAAAUGCUUGAACUUUUAUGUUGAAAAAUAUAUAAUACUAUUUUAUAUGAAAUAUGAUUAAUUUGUAUUCUUAAUUGGAAUGGACUAAAUUUUCAUUUGAAUUAUCCUUACCUGGAAAAUUAAGGCGUUUAUAUAUAUUUUAAAACAAUUUGCUAUGUUUUCUACUGUUUAGGUUGAUUCAUUUGUGAAGGAAUUUGAUAAACUGAGAAAAUCCUUGUUAUUGUGGUAUGCAGUGUAUACUUCUUACUAAAUGUCAUUUAAGACUAAAGUUUUCUGAAAGUAUAGC